AAAUGCAUGGAGGGAAUUAGGCAUUUUAAAGCAUGAUUUUCCAGCUGCUCCUCUGCUUGCCCUAACAGCUACAUGUUCACCUGCCAAUAUGAAAAUUAUUCAAUCAGUUCUGGAAAAAUCUGAUAUGAAUAUAAUUAGAAAUCCAAUUAUUCAUCGCUCUGAAAUUACAUUGGAAGUCAAAUCCAAACCAGCUGCCAAAGAUAAAUUUUACCAAACUAUAUUUGAUUUGCUAGAUAAUCUUGAGGGCCGUGCUAUUAUUUAUGGAGCUACUAUUAGAGAAUGUAAUGAAAUGACCAAUGCACUUCGAAAAAAUUUUGAUCCUAUUAUUAUUGGAAUGUAUCAUGGAAAACUUGCAAGUAUUGAACAAACAACUAUAUCUGCGAGCUGGAAAAAUGGAACUAUUAAAAUAAUGUCAGCAACCAGUGCAUUUGGCAUGGGUAUCAAUGUAGAUGACGUUACCUUGGUUAUCCACACAACUUUACCAAUGUCACAUGAACAAUAUAUUCAAGAGAUUGGACGAGCAGGACGAGCAG